UCAUUCAUAUAAAGAGUCUGAGUGUUCAAAAUCCAUAAUUAAAUUUUAUUUUAUUUUUUUUCAAAAUAAAUAGGAAUCAUUUGAUUAUAAGGAAGAUGUGUACGAGUGUGAACUGUAUUUUGGGGAAGAAUUUAUUCUGGUCUUUUUUAUAAGGUAAGAUUGGGCCGGCAGCCGGCCUAGGCCCAGCCCACUAUUACUUGAUCGAACGUUCUACAGGCAUUAGGGUUUGCUGGCAGCAUCUCUCUUGCUCGAAAGCAUUCGAUCAUUCCUUCUCCAAACGCUGCCUUGCUGUCGAUCUCUGAGUUUAAACCUUCAAGUGAUUAUGGCUUACUCUGACAUCCUGGGUUUGUUGUUCGCGAUUGGUGUUUGGUGCACUGCUUAUGCUGCUGCUGCAGUUGUUGGUACUUUUCGGGUUUUCAAUUUUCUCUUUGCACUCUGAAUUGGUGCAGCAGUUUCAGUAGCUACCAUGGGCUUUGCACAACUCGUCAUUGGCCCAGCUGGCAGUGGCAAGUCAACCUAUUGCUCUAGUUUGUAUCAACACUGUGAAACCAUGCGGCGGACAAUUCAUAUUGUGAACCUAGAUCCUGCUGCAGAAAGUUUUGACUACCCUGUGGCCAUGGAUAUUAGGGAGCUUGUUUCCUUGGAUGAUGUUAUGGAGGAGCUUGGACUGGGGCCAAAUGGUGGCCUUAUGUACUGCAUGGAGCACCUUGAAGAAAAUUUGGAUGAUUGGUUAACAGAUGAAUUGGAUAAUUACUUGGAUGAUGACUAUUUGGUGUUUGACUGCCCAGGCCAGAUAGAGCUUUUUUCGCAUGUUCCAAUGCUUCGGAAUUUUGUGGACCAUUUGAAGCGUAAGAAUUUCAAUGUUUGUGCUGUGUACCUGCUUGAUUCACAGUUCAUGACAGAUGUUACCAAGUUCAUUAGUGGUUGCAUGGCAUCUCUUUCUGCAAUGGUCCAACUCGAAUUGCCUCAUGUUAAUAUUCUCUCCAAAAUGGACCUUGUAACGAACAAAAGGGAUAUUGAAGACUACUUGAAUCCGGAGCCUCGGUUUUUACUGUCAGAGCUGAAUCAACGCAUGGCUCCUCAGUUUGGCAAGCUAAACAAAGCUUUGAUCGAAUUGGUGGAUGAGUAUAGCAUGGUGAGCUUCUUGCCUCUCGACUUGAGGAAAGAGAGCAGCAUACGGUAUAUCUUAUCUCAAAUCGACAACUGCAUUCAGUUUGGGGAAGAUGCAGAUGUGAAGGUUAAGGAUUUUGAGGAAGAUGAGGAUGACGACUAGGCUGAUAAUCAUACAUUUGGGUACCCCCAAAAAAAGGUUAGUGGAGUGGCAAGCCCCUGGUGAAGGCCAUCAUUUAGGUUGAGGAAAAGUUUUUUCAAGCAAAAAAAUGUCAUUUUGUGGAAAUCUUAUAGUAGAAUGGAAAAUCUUUAGGUGAACCAGACAUAUUCUAGUUGUGUAUAUUCCCAAUGGUUUAUCCUCGGAUGUUUUCUAGACUGAAUUUGCAGCCGUGGUUUGAGCAUUUUUCACUAUAAAACAUUUUCUAAUGUUUGAA